GAGGUGACCUACAUGAACAUGACUGCCUACAACAAGGGCCGGCUACAGUCCUCCUUCUGGAUCGUGGACAAGCAGCAUGUUUACAUCGGCAGUGCGGGCUUGGACUGGCAGUCGCUGGGGCAGAUGAAAGAACUCGGUGUCAUCUUCUACAACUGCAGUUGCCUGGUCCUGGAUUUACAGAGGAUAUUCGCUCUGUAUAGCUCAUUAAAAUUCAAGAGCAGAGUACCCCAGACCUGGUCCAAGAGGCUCUAUGGAGUCUAUGACAAUGAAAAGAAAUUGCAGCUUCAGUUGAACGACACCAAAUCUCAAGCAUUUGUGUCGAAUUCUCCCAAACUCUUUUGCCCUAAAAACAGAAGCUUUGACAUAGACGCCAUCUACAGCGUGAUAGAUGACGCCAAACAGUACGUGUACAUCGCCGUCACGGACUACCUGCCUAUCUCCAGCACGAGCACCAAAAGGACUUACUGGCCAGACUUGGAUGGGAAAAUCCGAGAAGCCUUAGUUUUGCGAAGCGUUAAAGUUCGACUCCUUAUAAGCUUCUGGAAGGAAACGGACCCCCUUACAUUUAACUUUAUUUCAUCUCUUAAAGCUAUUUGCACUGAAAUAGCCAACUGCAGCUUGAAAGUUAAAUUUUUUGAUCUGGAAAGAGAGAAUGUUUGUGCUUCAAAGGAGCACAAGGACCACGCCUUUCCUAAAUUAAAUCGAAACAAGUACAUGGUGACAGACGGCGCAGCUUAUAUUGGCAAUUUUGACUGGGUGGGGAACGACUUCACCCAGAACGCCGGCACGGGCCUCGUUAUCAACCAGGCAGACGUGAGGAACAACAGGAGCAUCAUUAAGCAGCUCAAGGACGUAUUUGAGCGAGACUGGUAUUCGCCCUACGCCAGGACCUUGCAGCCGACCAAGCAGCCUAACUGUUCCAGCCUGUUCAGACUCAAACCCGCCUCAAGCAAAAGUGCCAUGUUCGGUGCCAGCGCCAAGGACCCGGCCAGCGUAUAACGUGAAGAGACUUCCAGGACAGCUCGUGUUUCCUAUUUCUAUAUAAAGGACUUGAGGAGAGAAAACCAAUUUAAUAUGUCUUUUUUUAGGGGAAAAAAGCACACUCACACAAAAAUAUUCUCCGAACGCCAUGUAAUAUCUUACCUAACACUCUCUUAGCGGCGCGUACACUCAGUGUAGGAUGUUUUGUAUCUGUGACUCCUGACAGAGAAUGUCCUUUCAGCUAGGAAGUUAGUUUUUACGUUUGCAUACAGAUUUUAAGACUUCGAUGCCUCUUCCUCGUUUUAGAACUGUUCCCGCUGCCCCACCUGCUCCGUUCCUACGAAGCUUCGCAUGAGGUAAAUGCUUUCACAUCCUUCCUAGCAAGGUGAGUGAGGCUUUCACCCCAGCCAAGGGACCGAUGGAGUCAAGUGUUUGCUCUGUAAACCGUCUCCAAGACCUGUACAGUCGUCGAGCAUGAACAGCUGACAUCCAUGCCAGCCUCAGCGCUCUUGAAAAGCACCCUUUUGCCUCCUUGUUCAUCUUCUUCUGAUACCGCACCUUUUAUUUUGUAUCAUUUUCUCCUCCCAGAGAAUGUUCCUAUUAGCGGUGCCCCCGUCUUCGCUUCACUGCGACUUCCGAGUCUGAUGACGUCUGGGAAAUGUAGGAAUUCCUCAGAGUGAAUACCGAAUGGAAAUGUCAGUCUUUAAUUUUCAACUUUCAACUGCAUUUCCUCCUAAAACUGAUAGCUGAAAACCACAGCCAGCAAUAUGUAUCUUUUCUCUCCAGCUCAGAAAAAUUAUGUAGCUGCCCGCUAAUAUCCAGCAAGCUAUUAAGUCUGCAUUAUGAGAAUAAAGUCGUUUUUCACAUUUUUUUGUUUAGCUUCUGGUAUUAUAAAGAAAAGAUCUCUACGCAUCUGUGGAUUUUAAUUUCUUUGGGAUCAUUCAUCAUGCUGUUAAGGGUAUGCCAGCAAACCUUUAUAGAGCUAUUUAAUAUACCAAAUGCUUUUCAGAGAAAUGCAAUUUAAAUACUGUGCUUAACAUAUUUUACUAAGAAACAAAAAUAUUGGAUUACUGUUCUAGAAUGUCGUUGUGUGUUGCUGUUUUAUAUCUAUACAAUAUAUAACCCUAUAUUCAUGGAGACUAGAGACAGGUAUGGCCUCUUUGGAGCCCAGAGCAGGUGGGAGACUUCCUUCCAGCAGGAAACCAGUCUUAAGCUUGCUCCUGACUGUCCAGGGCCUGGGACCGCAUCCUGCACUCCUUGGCCUCGUGUUUCUAUUGGUAACGUAGGGACAGUACUACUCACCUACCUCGCGUGGAUGUUGUUACAGUAGGAAAUAUUUAUAACUUGUUUUGAAAUCAAAAGAACCUAUAUAAAUGCUAAGCAUUGUGAUGUAUAAUCUUUUUCUUGAAAUAAUCUUUGUGGUAUCCUGAUAUAAUCAAUACCAGGUUCUCCCAGGGAACCUACACGGGAAAACAAAUCCACAGCCUCCAGUCCCAAAUAUGGGGGGACACAGCAACUCAAACAUCCCACUGGAGAUCAGGAUUGUCACCAUCAUUUCGAUGGCAUGUUCUGUCGGGUCACUUUGGCAUAAAUAACAUUCACACAAAGCCAGACAUUGCGUUGGGGAUCGUUCUUUAGGACCGGCAUAUACAUGUGUUUUUAGAGCAGGGGAAAGCAAUCUCCAUUAUUAUAGACUUGCUUUCUACUUCACCAGGUAGUCAUGGAAGAACCUAUGAAUCUCACCCAGUGGGUUUGAUUGGUUUUGGAAGGGCCAUUGUUGGUCAGUGACCACCUAGCUCCUUUCUUGUUGCUUCCAAGAUAGGCUUUACCGGAUAUUUGACCAAUCAGUGAAGAGAGCUGGGAGAGAGCGCUGGAUUCUUAAUGAAAUUCUCCACCAAUAAUGGCUGGGCCAUAAGACUCUAAAUAUUGACCAAAUACCCAGCCCUUAUUUGAGUAAGUGGCUAGCUUGCCAAUCAUCUCAGUAAAGUAAAGGUGGCUUUAGAAAUGAUGUUAACCAGAAAGAGAAAAAAAAAAAA